AUGACCUUCAGGCUCUGUGCGCUCCUAUUGGUUGCCGGGCUCUGUGACCUCGCUGUGUGUCACAGACAGGACCCCUUCCUCUGGCUGUCCUACCUGCGCAGCCGCUGGCGUACCCAUGGUGCAAUGCUGGCUGACACCUCGGGGGGAGACUGCCCCCUGGAGUGUGAAUGCCCGCCUAGCUACCCUGUGGCCAUGUACUGCAACGGCCGAAAUCUGCAGAACGUCCCCUAUGUGCCGUCUCGGAUGAAAUAUGUUUACCUCCAGAACAACCUCAUCACCGGCAUCCGGGAUGGCGCCUUCGACAACGCCACCAACCUCGUCUGGCUCAUGCUCCACGACAACCUGAUCAGCUCCGAGGCGCUGGGCGACAAUGUCUUCGCCAAGCUGAGCGGCCUGGAGCGGCUCUACCUGGACCACAACCGCCUGAACUGGGUGCCGCCCAACCUGCCCCGCACCAUCCGGGAGCUCCGCCUCAACCACAACAACAUCUCCGAGAUCUCGGCCUCCGCCUUCGAGGGCAUGGACGACCUCACCAUUCUGCAGCUGCACAACAAUGCCAUCCAGGACCUGGGCGGGGCCCUGAAGAGCCUGCCCUCCCUCACCCAGCUGGACAUCAGCUCCAAUAGCCUGCGGAAAGUUCCGGCCCUCCUGCCUGAGAGGCUGCACCAGCUCUACAUGGAGUCCAACAGCAUUGACACCGUGCCCGCUGACUUCCUCACCAAGCUCUCCCAGCUGCAGUUCGUCCGGCUCGCCCACAACCAGCUGACUGACCGCGGGAUCCCCCCCAAUGCCUUCAAUGUCAGCGGGCUGGUGGAGCUGGACCUGUCCUUCAACAAGCUGGAGAGGAUCCCCCCGGUCAACAGGAGGCUACAGAACCUCUAUCUGCAGGCCAAUCAGAUCAAAGAAUUUUCCCUGGGCAGUCUCUGUAGCGUGGUGGACAGCAGGAAUUACUCCCAUCUGAAAGUGCUGCGUCUGGAUGGGAACGAGAUCAAUACCGUGGACUGGACACCAGAGUUCGCACUGUGUCUACGUCUGGCCAGAGUCAUUGACCUGUAG